CUUUCCUUUUCCACUACAAGAUCCCGAGUUAUUCAACACCCCUUCAGAGUCUGUAGAAGGACGCUACAGACACGCUGCUGUGGCAACCGAUUCAUUUGAAUGCUCUAAAAUAGGCACGGACAUAAUGAGACGCCAGGGCGGAAGUGCCAUUGACGCUGCCAUUGCCGCCACGUUGUGUUCUGGUGUCGUUAACCCUCAAAGCUGCGGAAUCGGUGGUGGGCAUUUCCUUACAUAUUAUAACAGAGCAAAUGGCUAUGUUUAUUCGGUUAUCGGAAGAGAAAGGGCGCCCUUAGCUUCAACCGAGGACAUGUUUACCGAGGACAAAAACACGUCAUCACAGUUAGGAGGCAAAGCUAUUGCUGUCCCUGGAGAAAUCCAAGGUUUUUAUGAAGCGUGGAAAAUAGGAGGUCGGCUGCCCUGGAAGCAGUUAUUCUUACCAACUAUAAAUUUAUGUAGAAAAGGUAUAACUAUAGGAAAAGCGCUCCGUCGUGCUAUUACUAAUACAGAAAGAUUUCUCGAACAGUUUCAAUCAUUCAGAGAUUUCCUAACAAAUCCAGAUACUAGAGAGAUAUAUCAAGAGGGUGACACAAUGUUCCGUCCACGACUUGCAAACACAUUAGAGGUUAUAGCAGAAGAAGGACCAAAUGCAUUUUAUGGAGGAAGUCUUACCGACUCUAUACUUGCUGAAAUAGCUGACUCAG